AUGACACCCGAGCCUUUGACCAAGCUCGAGCUUCAUGGCGGCCAGGCAAGAGCUUUCUCAGCGCUGCUCAGCUGCUCUGCGCGGCAACACCUGAAAGUUUUGGAUGUUCGUGUGCAAGGCUUAAGUAGCGUGGCGAUAUCCCACACGCCCUCGCUUCAGAAGCUCAGAUUCAGUGCUGUUGACCUGGAGCAUUUUGUCGCGGACUGCCCCUCCCUUCGUGACUUUGAUUUCGACUGGGAGGUUACUGAUCAGCUUCGGACCUUUGAGCUUCGUGCUGGGAAGCUCGCCGCGCUGCAGAAACCCGAGGGGCUGCUCCUUCGGAGCUUCCGAUUGGAAGGAGGCCUGCAGAGCCUGGACCUCUCCGAACUGCGGCCCACAGAACUUUCUCUCGCUUUGCCUGAGAAUGCGGAUGUUCUCUGGCCGGAUCGCAUGGCUUCGCGUUGCCUUCGCCGGCUUAGCCUCGAUCUCGGAGUGUUUGUCAACGAGGACCGUGCGCAACGACCACUAGAUCUGCGAAACUUUGUCAAAGUUCAGAGGCUGUCGGUGCGGUCAGGCUCGCCGACACUUUGCUUACCUGAUGCGCUGCAGCUUCAAGAGCUAUUUCUGGAGGUGCCAGGUUUGGCAACGCUCGAUCUCUCUGAUUGGGCGGUCUUUGGUGAGCUCCGACAGUUGGAGCUGCGCGGCUGCAACCUGCAGGAGCUGGCUCUCCCGCAGGGUGGUGAGCUCCGGCGCAUCACGCUGAGGGCGACGCAGCUCCCAAAGCUGCAGUUUUGGCUAAAGGCGGCUGAGUCUGUCGAUGUCCAAGCACCGAACAUCUCGCGUCUACAUAUCGGUGGCUGCACUGGCCUUUCCAGCCGCUGCUUGUCUCAUCUGCUGGCAGGUUGCCAACAACUGGAACAACUACAGCUGUCCCACUGUGCGUCCGUUGAGUCACUUGAACUUUCCUCCACGAGUCUCGAGGAGCUGAAGCUGCGUCUCAGUCGAAGCCAUCGCUUGCAGACAUUGCGCCUCCGGUGCCCCAGCCUAGCGUGCAUUGCGCUGCCUUUGGCACCGCUUGCUGCGGCGAAUCUGCGACGGUUGAGCCUUGAAUCUGCAAGGCUCACAUGCUUGGAUCUCAGCUCCUUGCGGUGGCAGGAGCUGCUUGAGCUCAGCCUGCAGCUUCCGCAUCUAUCAGUGCUUCAGCCACCCGAAGCAGCAAAACCUCUCGUGGGUAGCUCUCCGGAGCUUGCCUGCAAGCCGGAACCUGUACAAGUCCUCAUCUUUUCCAAGCAUCUGAACAAGUUGGACCUGACAGGCUUGCGACAUGCGAAGCGCAUCGACCUGACGUUGCAGUCCUGGCGUGCUCAAGUUCUAUGGCCAAGGCAUGCAAGGCUACAAGCAGGUUCCCACCCCGCAACCCUGCGUUUGUGGCUUCCGUGCUCUGAGACUCCGCUGCCCCCACAAGGCUGCGGGCUUCUGGAGUCGGCAGAAACUGUGGACUGUUCGGGUUGUCAUGUCCUGAAACCGGAAGCUUUGAAGCCGGAAAUGUUCCCGAACUUGACCUCCCUCGACGUGACAGACUGUCAGGAAUUCAACGACACUGCCUUGAUCAACGUGGCUGGUGCCCCGGAACUUCGGCGACUGCGCUGCCCAGGCCUCAGCUGUAUCAGCCAGAACGGCGCCACGAACAUCACGGUGAAGACCAUUGGCGGUACUCCAGGAUACAAGUGUCCUGUCUAUGAGCGCACGCGACGAUGCACCGAAUCGUCCGAGGUGUAUUCCUUCGGCAUGGUAAUGCUGGAGGUGAUGACAGGCCUGGAUCCUUCGGCCACCGACCCAGCAGCACCUCGAGGCAUCGUCUUCCCGCUUGCAAAGACAGUGGCUCCAAACACGCCUGGCUCGCUGCAACGGCUCAGAAGGCCUGUGGCGGAGCAGGACAAGCCGGACUUUGUGUACGAACCACUGAACGUCGGACGUGACUUUGGACCUUUAGACCUUGCGUCCACAGUCAUCUAUUGCCGGUGGGUUGAUGUGCUUUGCAAAGAACAUCACCGGUGCCGAGCCUUAGUCCACAUCACUGCUGAUGGCACGCGAGAGACAUGGAGCAACACAGUGACCCUCUGCUGCGCGUACUCCAUUCUGGCAAAAGGAUUAUCUGCGCAGGAUGCGUACCAGCCGUUCGCUUACCUGGAUCUUCCGGCGUUCGUAGAUUGUCGGGGGGAGGGUGCGAACGGGAUCGAGCUGCAGGAAGAGGAGUCGGACUUCAGAUUGAGCGUGCUCGAUGUCUUGAUGGGCAUCCAGCGAGCCCGAGAUUUGGGCUGGUUGGAUUACCGAAGCUUCCCAGUGGAGGUGUACACCCAAAUGCUGCGAGCAGAGCAUGGGGACAUGAGUUGGAUACUGCAGGGCAAAGCCCUGGCGAUGGCCAGUCCUUGGGCACAGCCCGUAGACACGGAGGGCAUGCCUGUUUGCACUCCAGAUGUCCUUGUCCCAUAUUUUCUCGAGAACAAGGUUGAAGUCGUAAUUCAGUGCAACCAUCCUCAGUCCGAGGAGAAGGGGGAGCGGAGAGAGCUGAUCAGCUAUGAUCCACAGCCUUUUGAGAAUGCCGGCAUCAAACAUGUGUGGCUUCCCUUCGAAGAUGGGGGUUGCCCAUCCACGGAGCUCAUCCAGCAGUUUCUGCAAGUUGUCGAGCCGCACAGUGGCGCAUUCGUCGUCCACUGCCGGUCUGGACUUGGCAGGACUGCCACGGUCAUUGGGAUUUAUGCUAUGCGACACCUCGGUUUCACGGCACGGUCCUUCAUAGGCUGGUCACGAGUAGUGCGGCCUGGGACAGUCCAUGGCAGCCAGCAGCAGUAUCUCGUGAAUCUGGAGCCAUACGUGCGCCCUGGCGUCGAGAGAUCAUUGGCCAACUUGAACCAGGUAGAGCAAUUGCAGAUGCUGCCGGUGCGCGAGCUAAGCUUUUGGGCUCUUGACUUGGGUGUGAAUCAUGCACUGCUGGCUAAUCGCUCACGGACCGAGCUAAUUGAGAUCAUUCUUGAAGCACGUGGCAACGUCAAGUCCGGAUCCAACUUGCGCGCGCCUGACCCCGCAGCGCAUCGGCCACCUGACCCUGCAGCGCACCGGAAUUCAGUGACGGCCGGAACCCCCGAAACGAUUGUGCCACAGCAAUCGCAGAGUGCCAGUCAGAAAACCCUGGGCGAACCAAGCAUAGAUCCGUGGCAGGAAGCUCUUCAGUAUCUCAGACUUCUGGGCUCUCUGCACGACGGUUCUGGAGCAGAUGCCAUCAUCCAGCUGGUCGAGCAGAUUCGAAACAGCCCCUCGGCUCGACCCGUCAUGAAAGCCGAUGAAGUUGAAUCGGCAGCCAUGAAGGAAGUCAGUGCUGCACAUGCUGCAGCUUUGGCAGAGACACGACGAAAGGAGGCCGAGUUGGGGGAAGCUUUGCAGCUUGCCAGGGCUGCUCGGCGAGAAUGCGUACAAGUCAAGCUUUCCAUUGCCAUGCAGCAAGAUGCAUUGCUCCAAGCCAGCAGCGAUGCUGUGAGAGAGUCGACUGUAAUGGCCGACUUGCAGCGCCAACUGGCAGAGGCAGCGGAGGUGCGACGCCAGAAGCUGGAAGCUCACCGAAAGGAGCAGGCUGCCCUGCAAGAUGCCAAAGACCAGUGGAAAAUGCUUCAGAUCCAAGCAGAGACUGAAACCAUUAACAGCAACGUUAGCGCGGUUGGACCGAUGGAGGCCUGGCAGAAUGCCAAGCGCUCACUCGAUCGCUUGCGUAUGCUGGCCUUGCGCAGCGUCUGCUGCCCUGAGGAGGAGAAGAGACCAACUUUUGUGGCGACUUGGCUCAAUGCGAUUUCGGAGACGGUGUGGACCCGCAUUGAUGUUGAACUUGGGAAGGGGGGUCUGAGAUGGGACUUCACUGAAUAUGCGGCGUGGCUCAUCACCCCGGCAUUCUCCCCGGCCCGCACAGGUGGCUGGUCAGCUGGGCUCUCAGCUUCCAUACUAUGGCCCUCGGAGAACAUUCAAUCCUACGAGUGGCCUAGGAUAGCACAAUCAACUUUCGCCGACUUGAACGCAUGCCAGCAGUUAGCAGACUACUUGCUGAAAAAGUUGGAAAAAGACAAUCCCCAUGUGAAACUGAAAUGCUUGAAGAUCAUCAAGCAUGUAUGCGAGCAGGGGAAACCCGAAUUCAAACGCGCAGUUCAAAGAAAGGCAGACGUCGUGAAAUCAUGCCUGCAAUUUCGGGGUACACCGGAUCCAUUGAAAGGCGAUGCCCCAAACAAAGCUGUGCGGGAAGAAGCCGACUUGGCCGUCAAAGCCGUGUUCAGCUCCAAUGCAUCGCUGAAUGCGUACGGCUUUAGCACUGCACAGGGCAAGAAGAUGCAGGGUUUCGGCAGCGAGCCGAGUGAUGACAUCAGCAGCAGGAUAGGGAAUUUGCCAUCAAGCUUCAGCGGUGGCGGAAGCAGUUUCGAAGGCGGUAACUUUGGUAAUAGUGGUGGCAAGUCGUUUGGUUCAGGAGGGAUGGUGGGGUUCGGCAAUCCGAAUUUUGACAAUGCCCCUAAAGACGAGAAGGAUAGCGUCUUCAACAAAGCCAUGUCCAGCACGAUGUCUGCAGUUUCCUACCUGCAAUCCAAAGUUACCGGAGCCCCGAACUCAACCCCGUCGUUCCAUUCUUCAUCUGACAGCACUUACAGACCGCCACCAGUAGGUGGGGGCUUUGGGAGCAGCCAGGGAGGGGGCUGCGGUGGAGGCUGCAGUGGAGGCUAUGGUGGCGGCUAUGGUGGUGGCUGCGGAAGUGGUGGGGGGAACUAUAGCAGCCCCAGCUACGCAGGCGGAGGUGGCUUUAAUAGCAACAGCCACCAUGCAAACCAGGGCCGCCGUUGGGGUCAUCAUCCACCUCGAGAGGAACCAAAGGAGGAGGAGCAACCGGAGCCUGUACGAGAAGAGCCUCCAAAGCCACCGGCGCCGAUGGUGGACCUUUUGGACAUGGAUGAGGCUGCCGCACCUCAGGCUGCAGCUGUCAGCUCCCUCUUAGAAGACGAGGCACCUGCCAGACAACCAGCAGCCUCUGGAUCUCAGGAUCUCCUGGGUGGCGAGCUCCUGGGGAUGGAGGGCCCUUCUGCCGACGGUGCUCCCUCGUUGCAGCCUGUCUCUGAGAUGCAGGGUGGCUUGUUCUCCGGCUUGGAGGUUUCCGGUACGGGCGGGCCUGCCCCCCUUGCUGGUGCAGGUGCCGCAACAGGCAGCACAGCAGCUUGUGGGGGAGGUGGGCUCAGCAUCAUGGGAGGCGGAGCUGCAGCCGGUCCAAUGGGUGCCUGCUCCGCAGCAGCACAGCCACCUGGCAAUGCCGGUAUGUUAGGUGGUGGCAUGAUGGGUGGUGGCUCUAUGCCGAGCACGUCGAUGGGCGGGAUGAUGCCAGGUGCCGGCCAACAAAUGCCCUGCAUGGGCAGCUGUGGGAUGAAUGCGCCCAUGGGUGGGCCGAUGGGCGGCCCCAUGGGUGGACCGAUGGCACCUAGCAUGGGUUGUGGCAUGGCAGGUUGCAACGCCAUGGGCAUGUGUGGCGGCUGCAACAUGAUGGGACCGGGCCCCAUGGGUUGUGGCCCCAUGGGUUGCGGCAUGCCAGGUUGUGGUCCUAUGGCAGGACAGGGCAUGGGUAUAAAUCCCAUGCAGGGUGGUAUGCAGCAGAUGCCGCCACAGAUGCAGCAGCAAAUGCAGCAGAUGCAGCCACAAAUGGCGCAACAGCAGAUGCAGCAUCAAGCUUACAUGCCACCCUCUGGUGCACAAGCACCGUACCAAAACGGUAGCGCACCCAUGUCAGGGAUGAGUCUUGGCCAGAUGUCCAGCCCUGCUGGAGGGGGGAGCUCUGCCUUCAGCUUCGUUGGCGGUGGCAGUCCGGCAAUGGCACCGGUGUCGCAGGCACCGGCAAACGACCUAGCCUUCAGCUUCGUCGCUGACGUGAAAAUGCAGAUGCCAGAGAGGGCCACGCUGGCUGCAGCAGCGCAGCAGUCAUCGUACUCGGACACGCUCAAGUCCCUCGUCGUGGAGAAGGAUCGUUCAGAUGCCGAGUUUGUGCUCGAGCUCCUGGAGUCUGCGGGCUGCAAUGCGGAGGGGCUGCCCGUUGAAGAGCGGCGGCUCGAAUUGAAGCCAGAUCUGGAAGGUUGCCCUGGAGGUCGCAUGGCAACUCGAGUGGGAAGGCAUUGGCAAAGCCGUCUUUUCGAAGCAUGGCUUCCGAACCCACAGCAGCGAGCUUGCAUAUCGAGGAGCGCGCUGCAGAUCUCUUGGUCAAGAAGUGGUGGAGAUGUCACCAUACUGGCAGAAGGCUCAAACCCAUUGCUCGUGGAUGCCAUUCCGCUUCACCGAGGCAGCUCGACCUCCCUGAAACCGGGAGCGGAGAUCACCUUCAGAUACGAGAUGCAUGUGUUGCUGCGGUUGCGCUUCGCAGCGCAGACCCUGGUCGAUCUCCGCAGUUCUUGGGUCGACUUCUGGACACUACUGGAUCACAGCCCAGUUGGACGUAUAUUGAAAGUCAUCGAAGCAGAAAAGGUGGUUGAGAAUUGGCUGCCCCUGGCUCCGCAGCGGAAGGCUCAGUUUUGGACCGGAUCGCCUUCAAGCCACAAGACCACAUGUGUACGCUCGUGA